CCUCCGCGAUCCACAUCCCUCAACGCUCUUUCCAUCAACCUUCAUCAUAUAUUCAAACAGCAGUGCAUCCUGUCUGACCUCGAUAAGGCUAUUGAACUUCACCGGGCUGCACUAGAACUCCGUCCCCUUGGUCAUUCUCAUUCAUCUAUUCUUCCCAGCAAUCUUGCUGUCGGCCUUCAACACAGAUUCCAGCACCGGGGCGUUAUUUCUGACUUGUAUGAGGCCAUUGAAUUCCAUCAGACUGCACGUGUUCGCAGUCCUCUUGGUCAUCUUCAUAGAUCCACGUCUCUCAACAAUCUUGCCAAUAGCCUGCGGCUCAGAUUCCAGCAGCGGGGAGGCCUGUUCUACCUUGAUGAGUCCAUUGAGCUUCAUCGGGCUGCACUAGCGCUCCGUCUCAUUGGUCAUUCUCGUCGAUCCGCAUAUCUCGACGAUCUUGCCAUCAGCCUUCGUGAUAGAUUCCAGCAUUGGGGCGUCCUGUCUGACCUUGAUGAGGUCAUUGAGCUUCAUCGGGAUGCAUUAGCGCUUCGCCCCCUCGGUCAUUCUGAUCGAUCCGCGGCUCUCAACAAUCUCGCCAAUAGCCUGCGAGCCAGAUUUCAGCAGCAGGGAAUUCCAUCUGACCUUGAUGAGGCCAUUGAGCUUUUUCGGGCUGCGCUACCCUAUCGACCA